AUGGCUAAUUCUUCUCCUUGCCAUAAGUUAUUCCAAGCACUUUUCUCCAAGCUCUUAUGCAUCAUCUUCUUCUUUUCCCUAUCUACUUUUGCUUCUACAAGCCUUAGAGUAGGUUUCUAUAGUUCAUCUUGUCCUGAUGCUGAGGCCAUUGUUGAAGAUGCGGUAGACAAAGCCGUCUCUAGAAACCCCGGCAUCGCUGCAGGUCUCAUUAGAAUGCACUUCCACGACUGCUUUGUUAGGGGAUGCGAUGCUUCUGUUCUUCUAGAAUCUACUCCUGGAAAUCCAUCUGAGAAAUAUCAUGCUGCAAACUUUCCAACCUUACGAGGUUUCGAGGUUAUUGAUGAAGCCAAGGCGAAAAUUGAGGCUGUUUGUCCCAACACUGUGUCAUGCGCCGACAUUCUUGCCUUCGCCGCCCGCGAUAGCGCCAACAAAGUUGGAGGUAUUAACUAUGCCGUGCCAGCUGGCCGACGUGAUGGAUACAUCUCGAGAAAGGAAGAUGCUAGCGCUCUUCCUGGUUUUACUUUCCAUGCCGAGAGGCUGGCUAGUGAGUUUGGAAAACGAGGGCUGUCAGUGGAGGAGAUGGUGACUCUUUCCGGUGCCCAUUCCAUAGGAAUAGCUCAUUGCCCUACCUUUGUUGGCAGGCUAUAUUCCUUCAAUACAACUCAUGCACAAGACCCUUCCUUGGACCCUUCAUAUGCUGAUUACUUGAAGAGCAAAUGCCCACCGCCAAGUAGCUCUGGCGAUGACGGGAGUCAGCGGCCAGACGUGGAUCUUGAUUUUUCAACCCCGCAUCAUUUGGAUAACAGUUACUACAUCGAGCUAACGAACCACCGUGGGCUGCUGAUUUCCGAUCAGACAUUGUUGAGCAGUUCAUUGACUUCAAAAAUGGUGUUGAGAUAUGCCCAUCAUGGGUCCAAAUGGGAAACCAAGUUUGCGAAGGCAAUGGUUAAAAUGGGCAAAAUUGAUGUCCUCACAGGAUCCAAGGGAGAGAUCAGACGGCAUUGCAGCUUUGUGAAUUGAUUUCGAAGCUUUCUUUGGGGAUCACUUGUUUAAUCUGUAAGGAAAAAAGAACUUUGGUCUGUGUGUUUUAUAUAUGUUAAAAUGUUAUUGUUUUGUUCAAAUUUAUUGAUAUUUUUUCAUUGUUUUACUCAAUAAGUGUAUACUUUCUCUCUUUAUUUAUGCAUCGUUGGAAUUUUGUUGUUGUCAUAUAUGAAGCUCUUCGAAAUUCCUUAUCUAAUAAAUGAUACUUUAAUUUGUUUG